AUGGAUAAGCUCUCCGGUCUCGCUUCCAAGCUCGGCGGUGGCAGCAAGGGGAACCAGUCAUCUGGAAAUGAGGAUUACGUUGACAAAGGUCUCGAUACCGCCGAGGGCAAGCUCAGCGGCGGCAAAGUUGACCCUGCCAAGAUGCGCUCCACCAACGAGAAAAUCACCGACACUGGCCGCGAGCAGUUCGAGAAGGCUACUGGCAAGAACGUCCCCGACAAGGUUUCCAACUAA